CUCAGUAUUUAGCGACCAACAUUCGAUCAGCUUUUAGGUGGCAUUCGCAAAAUACGUAUUGUCCCGGACGAUCGGUCGACUGACUGACUGACUGACUGAGUGGGAAAGCUUCUUGUAGUGUAUGUGUGUCUAUGCGUUCUAGAGAAUCUCCGCAAAGCAAGUGUGAAAAAGUCCUAUGUGCGUGAAAUCGAGUGAAUUCGGCUAAAUGCAUUAGAACUGACCCACGACAAGCACCAUGACCGAAGGGGCACGGAAAAGAAAACAGCCUGACCCAAACAGCCUUCUCACCCGACACGCUAUGGCACUUAAUACUCCCGCGGUGUUUUUUGACGAUCCGCAAGCUAUUGCGGUACGUGAAGCAUGUGAUUACAGCAUUAAAAUUACAAUUGAAAUGGCCAAAGCAGGCACGACCCCUCGGCCCAUCCGCAUUUACGCUGACGGCAUUUAUGACCUUUUCCAUCAAGGCCAUGCUAGGCAGUUAAUGCAAGCUAAGUCUAUGUUCCCCAACGUGUACUUAAUCGUGGGCUGCUGCUCGGACCAACUUACCCAUGCUAAAAAAGGAAAAACAGUGAUGACUGACGAAGAGCGGUGUGAAGCUCUACGCCACUGUCGUUAUGUGGAUGAAGUCGUUCGGGACGCUCCGUGGGAGCUGGAUGAUGCUUUUCUUGAACGGCAUAAGAUCGACUUCGUCGCUCACGACGAUAUCCCGUACGGUACCGCUGACGCAGAUGAUGUAUACCGGUUUAUUAAAGAGCGCGGCAUGUUCGUUGCUACCCAGAGGACAGAAGGUGUUUCAACGUCCGAUCUCGUAGCACGAAUCGUCCGAGACUACGAUAUGUACGUGAGGAGGAAUUUGGACAGAGGAUACUCGGCCAAAGAGAUGAAUGUCUCUUUUCUGAAUGAGAAGAAGUUUCAGCUCCAAAACAAGAUGGAUGCGCUUAAAAAAAAGGGCAACGAUCUUGUAGAAAACCUUGGAGAGAAAAAACACGAACUCAUCACCAAGUGGGAAGAGAAAUCCCGUGAGUUCAUCCAUAGUUUCUUGGAACUCUUCGGAAGAGACGGAACACUGAAUCUACUCUGGAACGAGGGCAAAGGCAGAAUCCGAAAUGUGCUUUCUCCCUCGAGUACUCCACCCGAUUCGCCGAGACGAGAAAGGUCACUGUCGGAUGAGGAAAGCCUAGACGAUGAACACCGCAAUACAAGUGCUCGAAGCACUCUACAGUUUGACGAAAACAACGACGGCGGCGGCGGCGGCGGCGGCGGCGGCGGUGAUGAUAAUGAUCGUGCAGGUUCACCACCGACCAAGAAAGGUCGCAAUAUCAAUAGUAACCAAGCAGCGGCUACAAAUGUUGAAAGUGACGAGAUAACAAGCGAUAAUAUAAGCGUAAAUUCAGUGGGCACCCGCAGGCGGAGCCGGAGAUGAAUGAACGUAGACAAAAUACUAGGUUGGGGCCAGCAGGGAUACGGGCUCGCAGCAGUGGUGGUAGCAGUAUAAUCCCCCUAUAAGUUUGUAUAUUGGAGCGGGUUUGUCACGGACAAAAUACAGAAGUUGGCACGUCGCUUACACUACGCCUCUCGAAUGGAGCCGGUCGAGGCUAUACUUUAAUAUUAUUAAUCACCGAUUAAGCUGACAACCACAAAAUAAACUACGAAAAAAGUUUAAUGGAGCUAGAACAUGACGACAAAGCAUCCAGCCGAUUCGCAGGAGGGUUCCGAACACAGUGAACGUGUGGUAGAUAUGUAAAGGUGAAGUAAAAUACGUGUGUGUAUGUACGAACAGACGAGUUGAAUUUUCGUUAUCAUUGUUAUUAUUGUUGAUAGUUUGAUCCUUUGCAAGCUCUCUAACAACCCGUUUACCUUUCCAGUCCGCCCAGAUCCGUACUGACGUAACGAAUGUACUGAUAUCCGGGCUGUCCAGUAAAUUACGUGUGGUAGUAGGCUAGAAGGGAAUGGAAGCCUGUGUGUUUCUUAACUGACAGUAACAACUACACAAUAACGUUAUCCUUCAUAAGUGAUGUGCUCUUAAACUCUACUACGAUUACUGCGUUAUCAUUAUUAUUAUUAGCGUAAUGGCAGGUAUUAUUCUUGAUAUUGACGGCAGUUUUUAUCAUGUCACUAUUAGAAAUACGAUUUUGCCUAUUGAAGUUAUUGACCUCAAUGCGUUUACACCUGAUCGCAACAGUCAAUAGGAAAACGCAAGUGCAACAGGCCGUGCAAUAGGCCCUACCAAAACGUUUAAGCAUCGUAUACGUAGGCUAAUAGUCACUUGAAGGUUUUCAGAUAUAAGGGUGAAGUGGCUGUUUUAUUCUGACGUCGAUGAUGGGCGCAAGGGUGCAGUCGUCAUCAGACGAUUGUUGAAAAAAUACGUCGUUCGUCAAUAGCUGGCGAUCUUAGCAGACGCCAGCAGCAGAACACAACCAGCCUAUUAAUAAACUGGCGGAUUGUUGAGUAUUUGUAAUAGAAACCGUAAAGUAAAAGGAAACCAGUGAAGAAUGAUUCGCUGAAGUGGUAUUUAGGCAGACUCAAGCUUUUGUUAUUGCAUGCUAUGAUUGGCAUAGGCGUUGCAGAAUAUCCGUCUGCGGCAUGCGUGUACCAUUUUAACGCGAAAAAGCCAAAAAGUAUAUUCUUCUGAAAAACACUAUUUCAUGGCUAAAUUAAGGAGAGGAGGCUGAAAAGUGCCUUGUUAUUAUAGAAAGGACAUCAAUGUUAAGGAAACAGUUCUCACGAUCCCGGGCAAACUAACAGGUUGGAAAUUGUUGACUUUGUUUCUUGGUGGAACUAAAUAUGUCUACAUCUAAAGCACGCCGCUAACCGCGGUAUAUAUAUAUAAUCGUGCCCGCUUUAAGUUUGUCACCGAGGUUCCCUUUACGGAAACUACGAUUGUUUCUUUUCUAUUUUUGCUAUUUAGGUAGUACAAUUUCAAAGAAUAGCGGCAUAGGCAUUAUUACGGUAAUUGUAGUAGUCUGCCACACAAGUUGUGUCCUUAUUUUAGGUUUAUUAUGCCGAAAUGUCUGAUUUCUAGUUUUAACCAAUCUGUUUUUCUCUAGCAAAUAAACAGCGACGAUUGAAUUAAGACUAGAUAAUAACACACAAACAUGUUUAUCUGACAAGAUAUCUUGAAGAAAAAAAUUAAUGGAUAUAUAGCUGACUGUCUGCUGGCAGCAGUGAUGAGCGGUUAGGGAAGGUUGAGCCUUAAACAUCUGUGUGAAUAAGGAGAACGAAGAAGAAAUAUCUAUUCCGACAAAUGGGGUAUAAUAUGCGCGUCAAUAUUGUAAUUUUAGCGUGUGGUUGUAUCCAGGUGACAAAAUUGUGUGCUCAGUCCUCACAAAUCCCAUUUAAACUAUAGCUAAAUUAUAUAUCUAAUUGACGAAAAACGAAAAGAAAUGACUAAAAAUAAUAUCUAGAAGCAUAGUAUUACCUGCGCUGGAGUUUACUGCUUUGGAAAGGGUUACACACAACGAGAAUUUUAAUCCGUUAGUGACCACAACACAAAAGUGGUUAAAUAAAUAUGGUAAAAACUCAACUCGGAUUUAUUAAGCAUCGUAUCUUUGAUUGUAUGACACAAGUUUCCCGAGAGAAUACUAUAAUAAACGGGUGUAUGUUUUCCUGAAAUUAUAUACAUA